AUCGCUAUCUCCAAAAUCUGCCGGCUCUUUUCUGCAUCUUCUUUUUGUUCAAUUUUCGACAUGGCUUUGCUUCUCCCUCUUCAAACCCAAGCCAGACAGCUUUCAUUCUCUAUGAAAAAUGGAGGUUUUUCUAUCCUAUAAUCUUAUUUUUUAUUCUUUAUUCUCUUGUUUUCUCUUCUUCUUCGUAUCCUCCAUGGCUGUUACCGAAGCUUCAUCGCAGUGCUCUCCUGUGAAGCCCACCACCCCACUCGUCACCUUCCUUGAUCGCCUCCAAGAAACGGCCUUCAAAACCUAUGGCAACUCCGACUUCGACCCAAAGCUUUACGUGGAUUUGUCUCUGAAAUUCAAUCUCUCAGACACAGAGGAGGCUUUUAAGAAGCUACCCAGGUCUGAAAAUGGGUCGGUUUCGGUUGAGGUUUUGGAGGGGUUUAUGGGAGAGUACAUGCUAGGUGCAGGGGAGGAUUUGGUGGAGGUUGUGCCAGAGGAUUAUGUGCCGGAGCCGACGGGGUUCUUGCCGAAGGUGGAGAGUCCGGAGGUGAGAGCAUGGGCAUUGGAGGUGCAUUCUCUUUGGAAGAAUCUGAGCCGGAAAGUUUCGAACCGGGUUCGGGAUCGGCCGGACCUGCACACUCUGCUUCCUCUUCCUAAUCCAAUGGUGAUUCCUGGAUCGAGGUUUAGAGAGGUUUACUAUUGGGAUUCUUACUGGGUUAUUCGGGGCUUGCUAGCAAGUAAAAUGCAUGAGACGGCAAAAGCAAUUGUUGCUAAUCUGAUUUCACUUAUCGAUGAAUAUGGUUAUGUCCUAAACGGUGCAAGGGCAUAUUACAGCAAUCGGAGCCAGCCCCCGCUCCUGAGUUCCAUGAUCUAUGAAAUAUACGAGAGAACGGGUGAUAAAGAAAUGGUGAGAAAGUCUCUCCCUGCUUUGCUCAAGGAACAUCAAUUUUGGAAUUCAGGGAUACAUAAGAUAACCAUUCAGGAUGAUCAAGCCUGUAAUCACACUUUGAGUCGGUACUAUGCAAUGUGGGAUAAACCGAGACCAGAGUCUUCAACUAAUGACAAGGAGUCUGCUUCCAAGAUCUUGGAUGUUUCGGAGAAACAGCAAUUUUACAGGGAACUGGCUUCAACUGCUGAAUCUGGAUGGGAUUUCAGCACAAGAUGGAUGAGGAAUUCUUCAGAUUUCACGACAUUGGCUACAACAUCAAUUCUACCCGUGGAUUUGAAUGCAUUUAUACUGAAGAUGGAGCUUGACAUAGCCUCCUUGGCAAAAGUUAUUGGAGAAAAUACCAUCUCUGAACGCUUUGUGGAAGCUUCUCAAGGGAGAAAAAAGGCAAUGGACUCUGUUUUCUGGAAUGCAAAGAUGGGACAAUGGGUUGACUACUGGCUCGGUGACAAUUCCACUUCAUGCAAGGAAGUUCAUAAAUUAGAAGCUUCAAACCAGAACGAGAACGUGUUUGCUUCAAACUUUGUUCCUCUGUGGAUUGAGUUGUUUAACUCGGAUGCUUCUGUGGUGGAGAAAGUUAUGGAAAGUUUCCAAAGUUCGGGUUUGCUUUGCUCUGCUGGGAUUGCAACUUCCUUGACAAAUUCGGGACAACAAUGGGAUUUUCCAAAUGGUUGGGCUCCAAUUCAACACAUGAUAGUUGAAGGUCUGGUGAGAUCUGGAUUGAAAGAAGCAAGGUUGAUGGCAGAAGAUAUUGCUAUGAGGUGGAUCAGAACCAACUAUGCUGCCUACAAGAACACAAGCACAAUGCUUGAAAAAUAUGAUGUGGAAGAAUGUGGAAAAAUAGGAGGUGGCGGUGAAUACAUACCCCAGACUGGUUUUGGCUGGACAAAUGGUGUUGUAUUGGCAUUCCUGGAGGAGUUUGGAUGGACUAAGGACCAGAAGCUAGAUUGCCAGUAAGGAAUGAAACUGAAGACUUAGACUUUCAAUGCAAGGGUAUAUGAAGCAUGAUUUCUCCUUGCAGUGUCCCCCAAAAAAGGGGGGAUAAGGCAUAGUCAUUUGAUUUUUGAGACAGCAUUUCCAUAAAAUUCAAGGUCCUUUCUGCUACCUAGGGCUCCACUAAGGAAUUUACUUCUUUGUUUAAUUAUUGUGAAUACUUUGAGAUUGGUUAACAUCUUAAACUAAUUGAGCCGAACAGAGAAUUGUUUUCUCUGAAUAAAUUGUAAAUUGUGUUGAAGGUUGGCCAUUAAAUAAGAAUAUGAUGAGCCCUGUCAUCCAUCCAAA